AUGGUUUCUAAGGGAAUUGGGGCACUUAUACUAUCGCUGUCUUUGAACCUGGUUUACGGAACAGACUUUAUCAGAUAUGUCUAUCCAGCCUAUAAUAUAAAAAGUUACGGAGGUAAUGAAGUAAACUUCCCUCAUUCAUUGAGCAAUGAAGACAGUGAACACAACAGCAACUCAAAAUCUGCAAGCAAUGAAUUCAAAGGGAAUAGUGGACCAAGCGAUGAAAACAAUAGUGACUCUAAUUCAGCAAGCCAACAGAUCAAGGGACAGUAUUCAAGGAGAUCAUCUUCUGAAGAAAAUCAACAGAAUAGCGAUGCCAAUUCUACCAGUGAUGAAAGUAAUGGCCACGAUUUAGAAGACAUUGUGGAGAACAAUAACUCAGAUUUUUCUUCCUCUUCUUCCUCCUCCUCCUCCUCUUCUUCAGAAGAACAGUAUGGAGAGCCAGGUCCACCAGGUCCACCUGGAUUACCAGGACCAAUUGGUCCACCAGGAUACCCAGGAAAGCCAGGGUUUGGGCUGCCAGGUCAUCCUGGUAAGCCUGGACCACCCGGACCACAAGGACUAUCAGCUAUUGGAAAACCAGGCGGCCCAGGAGAACCAGGAAAGCCAGGUGUGCCAGGAUCUCCUGGCCGAAAAGGGGAUAAGGGAUCUCAGGGGAUGCAAGGACCAAGAGGACCUCCGGGACCUAGUGGACCACCCGGACCAGCUGGGUUAUCUGUUAUUGGGAAACCAGGACCUAAAGGAUCACCAGGUCCUCCAGGAACACUUGGAUUUCCUGGAAGAAAAGGGGAUCCAGGAUACCCUGGUUUACCAGGACCAAAAGGAGAUAAAGGGGUUGGAAGUCCAGGACGUCCUGGUGAUAAAGGUGCUCCAGGACCACGUGGUCCACAAGGACCACCUGGUCCAGAAGGUAAAGGACUCAAAGGACCCCCAGGUCACAAAGGUGAACCAGGACACAAAGGUGAAAAGGGAUCACCAGGGUCCCCUGGACAUCCAGGCCUUCCAGGACUCAAAGGACACCCAGGUUCUCCUGGUUUGACGGGAAAGCCUGGAGAUAAAGGAUCAUCUGGAGAACCUGGACCUCGUGGCCCUGUAGGACCACUUGGGUCACCAGGACCAAAAGGCCCAAAAGGCCCACCAGGUAAUGUUGGUGCACCAGGAGAGAAAGGUCAUCCAGGACUAAGGGGUCCAGAAGGGCCUUCUGGCCCAAAAGGUGAGCCAGGAUCAAAAGGUGAGCAAGGAAAACCCGGGCCUCCAGGAAAGUCAGGUGCAGAGGGUAAAAAAGGAGCACCAGGUCCAUCUGGUGAAAAAGGCGAUAAAGGGCCUGUUGGGCCACGUGGCAAAGCAGGGAGUCCAGGUCCUCAAGGUCCUCAAGGGCCACAAGGGCCUCCAGGUAAACCUGGAGAGAAAGGACAUCCUGGAUUACCUGGUUCAGUGGGUCUAACCGGGAGUCCAGGUUCUCCAGGACACCCAGGAGUGAAAGGAGAUCCUGGGGUCCCAGGACCACCGGGUCCUCAGAGUAAAUUUAAUGCAAAAAUUAUAAAGGGGCCAAGCGGUCCACCUGGACCAAAAGGAGCAAUUGGUCCACCAGGCAUUCCAGGAGCCCCUGGUCCAGCAGGUCCACCGGGAGAAAUUAUUAUACCAAAAGGAAAAUAUGCAGGUUAUAGUGGUUACAUCGAUUCAGGUGGCAUGGUGAGUCCUGUUCCAGCAUUUACAGCCAUUCUUUCUCAGCCAUAUCCUCACAAAGGGCAACCAAUAGUGUUUGACAAGAUACUGACCAAUUCAAAUAACAACUAUGAUUCAUCAAAGGGAAUUUUCACAUGUGAAAUAUCUGGUAUCUACCAAUUUUUUUAUCAUGUACAUGUUAAGGAAGCAAAUGUUUGGGUGGCAUUAUAUAAAAAUGAUGAACCUGUAAUGUACACGUAUGAUGAAUAUACACCACAAUACGUUGACCAUGCAUCAGGAACAGCUAUCUUACAUUUGGAUGAAAAUGACAAAGUGUAUGUACAAUUACCUGCAGAAAAGUCUAAUGGUGUGUAUUCUUCUGAAUAUAUAUAUUCAUCAUUUUCUGGGUUGUUAAUAACACCAUCAUGA